ACAGUUUUUUCGUUAGUGAUGCACAACAAAAAUACUCGUGUUCGUUCCUUAACGUUUAACCCAGGGUGGUAGUUUUAGUGGAUAUUGGAUAAUCACCCAUUUCCCAUAAAAUAGAAGCGCCGUACUGUUAUAUCAAAACAUGUGACAAAUUCAGCAGAAGCCAUUUGUAGAGCGUUUAAAUUUUUUUCCUCGGUUUUUCGUGGAUUUGUUUGUUAUAUCUGCUGUGCGCCUUAUCCCAAUUAUUGAGAGUGCUCCCGCCGUACUCCACAUUUUUUAAUUACGUUACCAUCAAGUGCAUUAAAGCGCAAUAUAAUAAUCCUUCUCCGCUAGGUAGAUUGUGUCGGUUCACAGUGGAUCCAGAAAUGCCUGCUCUGGUUAUAAUCAUAAAUAAUUCCGUGCAUUAGAGCUGAUGCCGGUGUAGAGUCGCUACAGAGAAACGAUCGCGAAAGAGCGCGUAAAUUCAGAUGAUUAGUAUGGAACCGCGCUUUAUUGCCGUCGUCUGUGGCAUUUUCGCAGUAUGGAGUAUCACCGCGACAUUGGUUGUUGGUCAAACACGCCCACAGAUACCCGGCGUCUGGGACGCCAUAAAUCAACUGCGUGGUAAACCGGCGUUAUCCGUGGAGGACAUUCAGGAGUUGUUUUACACUGUCCAACCCGGCAUUGAUUUUCCUGUGUACAGCGAUAUACCGGACACCGGUUUUUCCUGUAGUUCCGUUCAUCAAGCGGGGUUUUAUGCUGACGUUGCGACACACUGUCAGGUUAUUCGUCGCUGUGAUUUGGACAAUAUCUUAUACAGUUACCUUUGUCCAAAUAUGUCGAUUUUUAACCAAAUUACCCUGACCUGCGAUUGGUGGUUCAAUGUUAAUUGCGAGAAAUCCAAGGAAUUUUAUGACUAUUCCAAUUCCCGACUGUAUCAAAGCGACACCGUUCCACUGCUGGACAAUCAAGAUGAUUAUCGGUCUCAGGUCGCCAUGCCUCUGAUCAUCACAAAAAGCGUAUCCAAGGCUGCACCUCAGUAUGGAUUUUCCAUUGGGAUCAGGUCGGCUGCGAGUGCGAGUUCGGAUUCCCACUCACCGUACACUGAUGGGAACGCCGAUGGGUCACCGAAGAAGAAGAGAGUUCGACGUCUUCGAAAACGAAAUUAAUAAACUAAUGAUAUGUUUUAGUCUCUUAAAUACUGGCUGCCAGCUUCUCUGUUGCAGUACUACCUGCCUGUGUGGAACAACAGUGUAAUUUGCGAAUGCCCAAAUUGCCUGAGCACUAUGAAGCCGUGACAGUUUACCGUCCAGCAUGGUUUUGUAACAAAACUUAUCAGAA